GAAUCCAGUCACAGUCACGUUCCAGCCUCGAUCCUUCUUUCACUUUUGAAGCUGGUGGAUGUGCCAAGAGGGGACGGGGCUUUCAUUCAAUAUAAAAUGCAUUAACUGAAUGAAAAGCUCAGGGGCAGGCUGGAGUUAACCCCUGCGGCUCCCUGGCCCCUGCAGCAGGAUGGAUGUCACAGCCUGGGAAAGGGAACCAGUCACUGGGAGCAGGAGCUCUGCCUAGAGGGAAUGGCUCUGGGUGCUAGUGAAGCAGGGAGCCCCCCGGAGAGACUGGAACGGCUCAGAAACGACUCCAGAGGACACCGCAGACCAAGCUACGAUGAUGGGGAAGGUUCCCUCAUUCUCCCCCGGCUCCACAGUGAGCUCCGCUCUGCCCAGCUACGUCGCUCUCUGCCUCACUCUACAGGUUCACAGGCUGGUGUCAGCACAAUUCACAGUGACUGGACCUAACCAUCCAGUCAUUGCCUCCCUAGGUGGGGAGGCCGUCCUGUCCUGCCACCUCUCCCCCAGGAUGAGCGCUGAGAACAUGGAGGUGAGAUGGUUCCGAUCCAAGUACUCUGAAGUCGUGCACCUGUACCAUGGUGGGCGGGAUCGGUAUGGAGAGCAGAUGCCGGAAUAUGGAGGGCGAACUGAACUCUUGAAAGACGACAUCACCAAUGGGAGAGUUUCUCUGAGAAUACGCGAUAUCCGACCCUCCGACGAUGGGUACUACACGUGUUAUUUUGACUCCAGUGUCUCUUAUGAAGAAGCUAUAUUGGAACUGCAGGUGGCAGGUUUGGGCUCUGAUCCUGACAUCUCAGUGGAGGGACAUCAGGAUGGAGGGAUCCGGGUUGUGUGUCGAUCAUCCAGAUGGUACCCAGAGCCCGAGGUUCAGUGGAGAGAUCUCCAGGGGAAGACGUUACCAUCAGCCUCUAAAGAAAUAACCCCAGAGGCCGAUGACCUGUUUCAAACAGAGAUUGCCAUUGUUGUAACAGAAGAGUCUAACGAGAAACUGUCCUGCUGUGUCAGGAACCUCCAACUCAACCAGAAGAGAGAGUCAGCAAUUUCAAUAGCAGAGCUGUUUUUCCCAAGGGUCAAUCCCUCGAAAGUGGCUCUCUGGGUGAUCCUGUCUCUCCUGACUGUUCUCAUGGCCCUGGCCGGUUACUGCUUCUGGAGGCGACACAGAGCAACAGAGAUUCUGCGAUCUGAGAUGGAGAGCGAGAAAGAGACCCUGCUGUCUGAACAGGAACGAGAGAAAGAGACCCUGCAAGCUGCGAUGAAGAGGCAGAAAGGGGAAUACGAGGCAGUGAAAGGUAUGUGUGUUUUUACUAGUUUUGAUUAUGCUUUAAAUUGGAAAAGGAACACUCAGAGCCGUGUGUUCAAAGAAAUGGUAGUGUAAAAAAUUAAUGUGUUACCGUUACAGGUAAUGUACAUGACAAUGGGAAAUCCAGAUAUUAC